CGCCGCCAUCUUGCGCGCUCCGCCCUCACGGCGCCCUGACCCAAGAUGGCGCUGGCCAGCGUCCUCCGCUGCCCGGAGCUCCCGGGAGGGGCCCAAAAACUCUUCCCGGCGCUUCCAAAAGGCUUCGAGGACGAUCCCGAGGAUCGCGAGGGGAUCCUGAGGAGCCUCCGGGACCCUCCGGGGCCUCCCCGGGUGUUGGCGGCUCCUCCCUGGGGUUUCCAGGCGGCUCCGGCCGGGCCCGGGCUGCUGAUGCUGCACGGAACCACCACCUUGGCUUUUAAGUCCCCCCACGGUGUCACAGUGGCCGUGGACUCCUGA